AUGGCUGCGGAGAUUCAUUCGAGGCCCCAGACCGCCAGACCGGUUCUCCUGAACAAGAUCGAGGGUCACUCGGACACCGUCAACGCUGCCGUUUUGAUACCGAAAGAGGACGGCGUUAUCACGGUCGGCGAGGACAGGACCAUCCGGGUGUGGCUGAAGCGGGACAGCGGUCAGUACUGGCCGAGCAUCUACCACACGGUGUCCUCCCCCUGCUCCUGCAUGUCCUACCACCACGACAGCAGGCGCAUCUUCAUCGGCCAGGACAACGGAGCUGUUGUGGAGUUCGGCAUCUCAGAAGAUUUCAACAAGAUGAGCCACGUGAAAACGUACCCAGCCCACCAGAACCGCGUGUCGGACAUGGUGUUUUCCCUGGAGAGCGAGUGGGUGGUGAGCACGGGCCACGACAAGAGCGUGAGCUGGAUGUGCACGCAGAGCGGCAGCAUGCUGGGCAGGCACUACUUCACCGCCUGGGCCUCCUGCCUGCAAUACGAUCACGACACGCAGCACGCGUUCGUGGGCGAUUUCUCGGGACAGAUCACUCUGCUGAAGCUGGAGAAGCAGACCUACUCCAUCAUCACCACGUUGAAGGGUCACGAAGGCAGUAUCGGAGCUCUGUGGUGGGACCCCAUCCAGCGGCUGCUCUUCUCCGGGGCCGCUGACCACAGCGUCAUCAUGUGGGACAUCGGGGGCCACGAGGGAGAAAAUCCCAGGAUUCCUUUGUAG